AUGUUUGGUUGUUCACUGGAAUCUCCGUUAAAAUCGGGAGAAUGCUUUAUUCGCUAUGAGAUACUUGAUGAUAAAGGACAACAAACAGGUCGAUUUGAAUGUGUUCAUGAUUGUACUGUAAUUAUAACAAAAAAUCCUUGUCCAUAUGCAGGAGAUAUGAUUCAGUUGCGCGCAGUUGAUAUUCCAGAGUUGCAUGACUUGAAAGAUGUUGUCGUAUUUCCAGUUAAUGGUGAAAGACCACAUUUUAAUGAAAUAGCAGGCUCAGACUUGGAUGGUGAUCAAUACUGGGUGUACUGGGGAUGUGAAUUUAAACUGAAAACACAAGUAGCACCAUUAGAUUACAAGAGUAAACCUAAGUCACCACAUCCACAUCCAAUUACUGCUGACGAUGUCAUUGAUUGUAUCCUAUCUACGUUCGGCGCAACUACAAUUGAUUCGCAAAAAACAGGCAAAAUAAUUGAUCGAAAAGAACUUCAAAAAAUAAGACAAAAAAUUGGUUAUGAUUAUCCGGAUUUCUUAAUAAGAGACGGUGGUAAACAAACUUAUGAGUCUUCAUCACUCUUGGGAAAAUUAUAUCGAAAUGGUUUAUCCUUUAUUGAAUUGAAAAAUUAUUCGUCUAAACAAUUACUAUCAGUUGAAGGACAAACUUCAUCAUUAAAUACAACAUCUCAACAACAACGUCCUCAACAUGUUUCAACAUCAAACACUUCAGCGUAUUCAAAGUAUCGACAUCAAGAAGAUAUUUGUUAUAAUACACAAUUACAUAAUACUGAUACGAAGUAUAUCAAUUCUUCGAUGACAUCAAUGUCGUCAUUACUGAACACUAAACUCGUUAAGUCUGAUUUGAAUUGUUCAAUAAGUUCUACACCAAACUCCAUGUAUGAUACAAAUUUCUCUUCAUCAUCAUCAAUCAGCUCCAAUCACAAUGAGAUGUCCGGUUUGAGUUCACAACCAAAGUAUGAUGAGAAUAAUAAUAAUAAUAUUACUACAAUGAAUCUUCUUCCACCAUCAAUUUAUAAAAAUGAUAUCAUGAAAGAAUCUACUCUCAUUUUUGAUCAAUUAACAUCCUCACCACAAUCAUCAUCUGCCGAAUUACCAUGUUCAAACAAUAACUGCAAUUUUACACAGAUUUUUUUCAUUGAUGGAAUGACAUCAUUAUCUUCGUCAAUAAAAUAUAUACGAUCGAAUAAACCCUCUUUUAGGGAACAUGAAAAUAUGAUACGUUUCGAUCUACAAUUACCAUCGAGAAGAAUUCAAAUAAACCAUGAGCAACAUUCAGCAUUAUUCUACAACAAAUUACAUGAUAUAUUAUUAAAUGAAAGUGCUAGUGAAUAUAAACAGAGUAUUCAUGGUGAUGUUGAAUUGAUAAUCUCAUUUGGUUAUUUCUAUUGUUUACACUAUCCAAAGCAACAACAUACGAACGAUUUACCAACAGAUUUAGAAACAUUAGCAAACGACUAUUUUCUACCUUAUCUGACAGAUACCUAUUUACCAUCAACAAUAGUCCAUCCCAUAGAACGACCUACUGUUGACAUACAGCAAAUAUUCUAUCAAGUUAAUCAUACAAUCAAACGUGAAGUAAGUUAG